AUGUGGCAAAUUAACAUUCGACGAGAGCAGUUGGACCUGGAUUUUCUGGAACGAAGACAGAAUGCGGGUCCAGCUUCAGAGAUCGUCCAAAAUCCUAAAAGUCCGAUUGAAAUUAGUCCCGAAUCGGUCGACCGCGUUAAGGUUAUCGUGUUGGGAGCGCCGGCCGUUGGAAAGACGAGCAUUAUACAGCAAUUUGUUUGGAACGACUUUUGCGAGAACUACGUUCCGACGGACCGAAAACACACCUACUAUCCGUCUGUUAUUACAAACGAACGUCUGUACGAGAUAAAAAUAUCGGAUUUGCCGGUCAUCCCUUAUUUCCCGGUCAACUCCUACUACGAAUGGACCGAUUAUCGCUACUACGGGCUACGCGGGGCGACCGCAUACAUUCUGGUGUUCGAUCUUUCGAACGUCGAAACGUUCCAAUAUAUCAAAACGCUCCGAGAGCAGAUUUGCGAGAGCAGAAAUAUGGCCAACGUGCCCGUCUUGGUAGUGGGCAACAAGGAAGAUCUCGUACUGACCGCUGAGGAAUCGGCCUCGUCGAGCGGCAAGGCAGCGAUUACUAGCGGGCACGAUGACAAGCGACGAGACAUCAUCAAUCUGGUGAAAAAGCAUUGGAAAUCUGGAUACGUGGAAUGCAGCGCCAAAUACAAUUGGAAGGUGGUCGGUGUCUUUAAGGAGUUAAUGAAUAUGAUCGAUAGCAUCGAGAUCAGGGACCAGAGCCCGAUGCUCGAUAACAUACAGGAUGCCUUGGACCGUAAUAAGUGUUCUGUGCUUUAAUCAAGAUGUCUGCCAACCCGAUGCUCAAAAGUUACGGAUGAGUGCAAUAAAUUAAGUUAUUCGACAAUCUAUUGCUCAUUAGAUGCAUACAAACCGUAAUUCUUUUCCAUUAUAUGUAUUAAUUGUUAAAUAAAGCAAUAAAAUGUUUAAUAAUUGACCCCUUCA